AUGUUUGCUUCAAGAUAUGUACCAGAGUCUAGUAGAAAGAGAAGUUAUGAGAGCAGUGAGAGUGAAAGUGAAAGUGGCAGCGACAGCGACAGCGAUGGUGGUGAGCAAAUAGAGAAACCUUUGGAGGUUGAGCAGGAAGAUAGUGAUAAUAAUGAUGAUGAGACCUCACAGCCAUCUGAUAAAGAGGAGAAAGAUAGUGAAUCAGAGUCUGAAGAUGAAAGUGUUUCUAGUAAUAAAUCAGAAGACUCUGAAUCUGAGUCUGAGAAUAUGCCAAACGAAGUUGACGAUUCAAAUCAGACGAAGCACUCUUCGAUUUUCAAAAGAUUGAAGGCCUCAUUAGAUAUACUGAAAAAGCUUGUUGACAUAGACCAAGAUCAAGAAGAGAUGUCUGAUGAUGGUUCUAGAGCUGUGGAACCUGCUGAAUUGGUGCCAAUUCCUCAGCCAGAACUUCCUAAGGAUAAGAGAGUGUAUCUUUCGUCAAACGUUAAUGGCGGGAAUUUAGAUUACAUUGCCAAACCUGUUUAUUAUGCCUCAACCACCACCAAACCAUUUGAUACCUUAUUUAAUGAAAUAUUUGGGCUGUCACCUAAUAAAUAUCAGCAAUUGGUAUCUAACCUCAAGUCUAACAAUUUUGAAAGCGCAUUUUCUGUUCAACUAGCAGUGUUCAACGAACUCGUUUCAAAAAAUAAAUGUUUCACCUCUCCGAUUAACAGUCCAAAUAAUAAUAAUGGGGAUUUAUUAGUCAAUGCUGCCACAGGUUCGGGUAAAACUUUGGCGUACCUCAUUCCAAUCCUUAUGUCACUUUCCAACAGAAUUGUGCCAAAACUUUCGUGUAUUAUAUUAGUCCCAACUAGACCUUUAGUGAACCAGGUCCUUGCAACCGUGAAUUCUUUGACAAAAAAUUUGGGGUUGAAUGUAAUUGCCUCCAAUAGUAACUUGUCUAUCAAAAAAGAGAUGGAGAAAUUCCAAAAUUUCAAGCCAGAUAUAUUGAUUAGCACCCCAGGUAGAUUGGUAGAUUAUUUGACUUAUAACGAUAAGAACGAUGAUUAUGAAACACAGCUGACCGGGUACAAGUUGAAUUUAAGAUAUUUACAAUUUUUAGUAAUUGAUGAAGUUGAUAGAUUGUUGAACCAAUCAUUUCAAAACUGGAUAAAUAUCGUCAACAAAAAGAUUGAAUCAGAUAAAUUGCCAGUGGCACAUAAUGAAGUAUUCAACUACAGUAUCCAAAAGUUGUUGUUUUCUGCUACUUUGCAUAAUGACGUUAAUAAGCUAUCAUCUUUCAAUUUCUACAAGCCAAAGCUUUUGGUCGUUGAUGAUGAUAAAUUUGCUAAUAACGAUGCAAACACCGGCUUGGAUUCAUCAUUUUAUAAAGUUCCAGAGAACUUGCAAGAAUUUGAGAUCUUUGUCAAUAAAGAAUUUGAAUCGUUUAAACCGUUGCUUCUUCUCAAGUCUCUUAUUGAGAAUCACUCUUUUAAAAACAUUUUGGUGUUCACCAAAUCUAAUGAAUCGUCACUUAGGUUAACAAAAUUGCUCAACUUAUUAUACACAAACUAUCAGCGCUUUUAUUCCCAAGAGCUUCCUCAAGAAAUAGAGAUUCAUUAUUUGAACUCCACCGUCAGUGGUAACAACAAAAAGAAAAUCCUCAAUAGAUUUACCUCUGAUAAGAUCAACAUCUUGGUGGUAACUGAUUUGGUUUCUCGUGGUUUAGAUUUAACUAAUGUUGAGAAGGUCAUAAAUUAUGAUCUUCCUAUUUCUUCCACGGAUUACGUUCAUAGAAUUGGGAGAUGUGCAAGAGCGUAUAACUAUGGUGAAGCGAUAACCAUGAUUUGUGGUAAUGGGGAUAGAAAAUGGUUCAACAAAAUAACAAAACCGAUUAAAAGAAAGAAUGAAAUCAAGAAGUUGUUAUUCAGCCAAGAAAAGGAAAGUGAGGGUGCUAAGUUGGUGCUCACUGAGUUGGAGAACAAGUUUUAUAAUGACUCUUUGGCUCAAUUACAGGAUGCAGUUUUAAGCCGUGGUUAG